AUGCGAUGUCUGAAGCAUCUAUACGUGACUGACCCCCGCGCCGACAAGCAGCGCAUCCAGGAGACAAAGGGCGGCCUGCUCAAGGGCUCCUACUGCUGGAUUCUCAAGAACGAUCUCUUUCAGCGAUUUCGUGACGACCCGCAAAGCCGGCUGCUCUGGAUCAAGGGCGACCCCGGCAAAGGCAAGACAAUGCUCCUCUGCGGCAUCAUAGAUGAGCUGGAGAAAGAGUCUGCGAAACGACUGUCUUAUUUCUUCUGUCAGGCUACAGAGGCUCAAUUGAGCAGCGCCGCGGGCGUGCUGCGCGGCCUCAUCUACCAUCUCAUCCUCCAGCAGCCAUCACUCAUUUCGUACGUACGGGCGAAAUACGAUAUCCCAGAGGAGAAACCUUUUGAGAGCAUCAAUGCCUGGGUGUCUCUGACCGAUAUAUUCAUGGACAUGCUGAACGAUCCAGCUCUGGAGGAUGUGGUCUUGAUCGUCGACGCCCUUGACGAGUGCAAAACGAAGCACUCAGAGCUUCUUGACUUUAUUUUCAAGUCGCCCUCCCGUAUCAAGUGGAUUGUGUCCAGCCGCAACCACUGCCCAGACAUUGGGCAGAGGCUCAGAAACGCAACACAGACAGCCAAGCUGUGUCUUGAGGACAUUGAGAGCACCAUUUCCGAAGCUGUUGACGGGUACAUUCGACACAAGGUGGAUCAAUUGACACGUGAAAAGAAUUACGACGACAAGCUACGCCACGCUGUCCAGCACUACUUGAUGUCUCAUGCCAAUGGCACUUUUCUCUGGGUAGCCUUAGUCUGCAAAGAACUUGCGGAUCCUAGGGUCCCAAGACGGCAUAUGCUUACGAAGUUAGCGUCGUUCCCAGCAGGACUUAAUCAACUCUAUGAGCGAAUGAUGGAACAUAUUAUCAACUCAGACGAUGCGGACCUGUGCAAGCAGAUCCUAGCUAUUGCAUCGGUCGUAUACAGCCCCGUCACGUUGAAGGAGCUGAUAUCUCUUGUUGAGUCGCUCGAGGAAUUCGACCAGGAUGAGUUGAAAGAGAUCAUCGGAUCCUGUGGCCCUUUCCUGACUCUCCAAAAAGGUUUCAUUUACUUUGUGCAUCAAUCGGCGAAGGAAUACCUGCUUGACAAGGCAUCCAACCAGAUCGUACCUUCUGGCACCGCGCACCAGCACCAUACCAUCUUCUCGAGGUCGCUGCUGGUGAUGUCCAGGUCCCUGCGGCGCGACAUGUACGAUUUACACCAUCCCGGCACCUCUAUCGAUGAUAUCCGCCAGCCUGAGCCCAACCCGUUGGCCUCGGUGCGAUACUCGUGCCUCUACUGGGUUGACCACCUAAGCGCUGCCAUCUCGGAUAGAACUUCGAUACCUAUCGACGACCUACAGGAUGAUGGCACAGCCCAUCAGUUUCUCAGUAAGAAGUACCUCUACUGGCUGGAGGCGCUCAGCCUUCUCGGAAGCAUACCGAAAGGAGUGGUUGCGAUGACGAAACUCGAGACGUUGCUGAAAGGGUCAGAGGGAACCCUCUUGCUUGAUUUCGUACGGGAUGCACGGCGAUUUAUCCUAGCACAUGGACGGGCGAUAGGGAAUGCGCCCCUUCAGGCAUACGCGUCCGCGCUUACAUUCAGCCCUCGGCGAAGCGUAACGAGAAGAUUGUUCAAAGGAGAAGAGCCAAGCUGGAUUGUAGCUAAACCGACCAUAGCUGAGGAUUCGGAUGCAUGUCUAGAGACGCUCGAAGGCCAUGACGGUGGGGUUAACUGGGUGGUCUUCUCGCCUGAUGGCCAGCGUCUUGCAUCGGCGUCACGCGAUAAGACUCUUAAGGUCUGGAAUGCCACGACCGGCCACUGUACGGCGACGCUCGAAGGCCAUCACGGCUGGGUUCACUCGGUGGUCUUCUCACCGGACGGUCAGCGUCUUGCAUCGGCGUCACGCGACGGGACCGUCAAGAUAUGGGAUGCCAUGACUGGACAAUGCUUGGAGACGCUUGAAGGCCAUGGCGGUGGAGUUAACUCGGUGGUCUUCUCACCGGACGGCCAGCGUCUUGUAUCGGCGUCACACGACGGGACCGUCAAGAUAUGGAAUGCCACGACUGGAAAAUGCCUUGCGACGCUCGAAGGCCAUCACGGCUGGGUUCACUCGGUGGCGUUCUCGCCGGAUGGCCAGCGUCUCGCAUCGGCGUCACGCGACGGGACCGUAAAGAUAUGGAAUGCCACGACCGGCGACUGUACAGCGACGCUCGAAGGCCAUGGAGGUGAGGUUCACUCGGUGGCGUUCUCGCCGGAUGGCCAGUGUCUUGCAUCGGCGUCACGCGACGGGACCGUCAAGAUAUGGAAUGCCACGACCGGCCACUGUACGGCGACGCUCGAAGGUCAUCACGGCUGGGUUCACUCGGUGGCCUUCUCACCGGACGGCCAGCGUCUUGCAUCGGCGUUACGCGACAGGACCGUUAAGAUGUGGGAUGUCGGGACCGGACACUACCAGGUGACGCUCGAAGCCCAUGGCGGUGGAGUUCGCUCAGUGGUCUUCUCGCCGGAUGGCCAGCGUCUUGCAUCGGCGUCACACGACGGGACCGUCAAGAUAUGGAAUGCCACGACUGGACAAUGA